CUGCCAUUUUUUCGAUAGACCUGUAGUGCCAAAAGAUCAAAGGUAGAGCGUCAAGCGGAGUACUAAAUCUCGAAAUGGUGCACAUGUCAGUGGGAAACCAGUGGUAUGCUCAGUACUAAUGGACAUUCAUCAAGAAGAUAACUGCAUUUUCUGCAAAAUUGCUCGCAAGGAAGCACCAUCGGUACCAGUAUACGAAGAUGACCACGUUGUAGCUUUCAUGGAUAUUGCUCCAGUAACUCGAGGUCACACUCUGGUCAUUCCGAAAAAGCACUAUGCUACACUUGAUACUAUGUCUGCCGAAGACAUGGCAAGGAUUGGCAGUGUUCUUCCUCGUAUAGCCAAAGCAGUCAUCUUAGGCUGUGAUACUAAAGACUUCAAUAUCAUGCAAAAUAACGGCAAGCGAGCUGGUCAGGUGGUCUUUCAUGUUCACUACCAUAUAAUACCACGAUAUCCGACUGAAGGAGCUCUAUUUGGAAAGCAAAGGGUUAUACCAAGGCUUAAGCUGACAAAAGAAGAAUAUGGGGCCAUGCAAGCCAGUAUCAAGUCACAUCUGUAAGGGUGUAACUAUACUCCUGCCCCUUUACUGAAAACUGAAUCAAGGCUGUAUAUUUACACUAUGAGUGAAAAUUUGUAAGAUUGUAAUAGAGAUAGAAACAGAUUUUAUUUGUACAAUGGAGGUUUCGAAUGAACUUCAAAAUAUUCUCUGCUCAGCGUUAUUUAAGUGCCAAGUUCUUAUUUGAUCAGUAUCC